AUAUCUUUACUCUCUCUCCCCCUCCUCCACAUCAAAAUUAAUCUUUUCUCUCCUUAUUAAUUUUCAGUUUAUCCUUCAAAUUUUUGUUGUAAUGGCACCCAAAGCAGAGAAGAAACCAGCAGAGAAGAAGCCAGCAGAAAAGAAGCCCGCCGAAGAGAAGAAGGCAGAAAAAGCACCAGCAGAGAAGAAACCCAGAGCUGAGAAGAAAUUACCAAGCAAAGAUGCUUCAUCAGCAGAUAAGAAGAAGAAGAAGUCAAAGAAAUCAGUUGAGACUUACAAGAUCUACAUCUUCAAAGUUCUGAAACAAGUUCAUCCUGAUAUUGGUAUUUCAAGCAAAGCUAUGGGUAUCAUGAACAGUUUUAUUAAUGAUAUCUUUGAGAAACUUGCUGCUGAAUCAUCCAGAUUAGCUAGGUAUAACAAGAAACCAACAAUUACUUCAAGGGAGAUUCAAACUGCCGUUCGUCUUGUUCUUCCCGGUGAAUUGGCCAAGCAUGCUGUUUCUGAGGGUACCAAAGCUGUUACUAAAUUUACUAGUUCUUAGGGUUUAGUUCUUAGGGUAUCUUUGUGCUUUCCAUGUCUAGGGUAGGGAAUUAAAAUUUCAGAAAUUUGUGUUUUCCUAUGUUGUUUUGGGGAUUUGGGGGUUUUCAGAUAUGUAAAAUAUAGAUGUUUUGAAAUCUAUCCAGUUUCCAAUCGAAAAUCAAUUGAAUGCUAUUUUGAAAUCUUAUCUAGAA